GGGAGGGAGGCGGUCCCGCCCCCGCCCCCCUCGCGCGCUGGUGGCGCGCGGCCGCGGCGCUCACGUGACCGGGGCGGCAGGGCCCCUGCCGGACACCGUAGCGGCACCGCGCCCGGCCCGGCCCUGCUGCGCCUCGCCAUGGGCUGCUGCUACAGCAGCGAGGCCGAGGCCUCCGACCAGGAAGAAGAGACGAAGCGGCUGCUGGAGCCUGCAGCCAGCCCUCCCAACAAGGUGUUGAAUGGAGCGGAGCAGAGCUACCACAACCUCCCGUCGGCACGCACCGACGAGCAGGCCAUGCUGUCCUCCAUCCUCGCCAAAACAGCCAUCAACAUCAUCGAUGUGUCGGCAGCGGAUUCCCAGGGAAUGGAGCAGCACGAAUACAUGGACAGAGCCCGACAGUACAGCACCCGCCUGGCCAUGCUGAGCAACAACCUGACGCACUGGAAGAAGCUCCCGCUGCUGCCGUCUCUGACCAACCAACCACACCAAGUGCUAGCGAGCGACCCUGUCCCCUUCGCAGACCUGCAGCAGGUGUCCCGGAUAGCUGCCUACGCCUUCAGCGCGCUCUCACAGAUCCGCGUCGACGCGAAAGAAGAACUGGUUGUACAGUUUGGCAUCCCCUGAGCCUGCCCUCCCGCAGCACAGCUUCACCGUUGGGUUUUGGUUUCUGGUUUCUUUUUUUUCUCUCCCCUCCCCACCUUCUUUUGUCUUUAUGUCCUGCUCCCCUCCCUCCCCACGGCGCCUUGCCGCGACAGAACUUGUACAUACACCCGAUUUCCUACUAAUCACCGAGAAGAUGAUUGCCGUGGCGCGGCCGCAGCCCGCGCCGCUCGGCCCGGGCUCCCUCGCGUGCGAGGCCGGGGAGGCUGCGUUCCCUCGCGGCGGCGAGCCCGCGGGGAGCCCUGGGCCGGGGCAGGCCGUGCGGGAGGGCUCCCCCGGGAACGCUGCCGCGCCGGGGGCUGCUCCCACCGGGACCUGGGGCCCCUGGGGGGGGCGGGCCGGAGCCCAGCGGCUCCGAGGGAAGCUCCCAGUGGAGCCAGGCUCCUGCGGGCAUGAUGCUCCGCAUGGGAUUUGGCGGCUUCUGACAUCCUCCCUCCUCUUCCCCCAUCCAUUUUUACAUGUUUGGACCUUUAUUUUGUUUUUUAAUUAUUAUUAUUAUUUUUUUUUUUUGCCACAGUAGAUAAAACACACUCAUCCGGUA